UAUUGGCUCAAGCGUUAAGCCUGGGCCAGCUCGAAACAUACAGAUUCACAUCGCGGGGCAGAUUUGGGGGUUCGAAAUUUCGUACCGCUGGUCUCCCUUGUGCGCAUCAUUCUAGACAUCAUGGUAUCUGACAUUCUCGUUGCCGCCGCCACCCUGCACCUUUCACUCAGUCUUGCAGCAAACUUGAUUAUGACCUUUGGCGCUAGCGCGAAAAAAGCCAGAAGGAGGGUAUGAGGGUUUGGAAAUAGAGCGUCUUGAGAACAUUUCCACAGCUCAGCUCGACGUGGCCGAAUGUGAAGUAACCUUCACUGCGCUUGUCCUCUCUCACCACGUACAGAGCGUUGAUGGCGUGCCCGUCAUGACCCUUUGCGUUUAGACCGUGCUGGCCCAGGCGAUCCAUCUCUGGGGGCGCACACUCUCUGGCAAGCAAAUGCCUUGGGCUGUCAUCGGCGCCCUUUCGCUGCACUUUUGCAUGAUGAUCUUCGCCGGCGUCCUGAUUGGGAGAAUGGUUAUGUGCCCCACUGGAACUCCCCAACCGGUCGGGAUCAUCUACACGGUGCAGGACUCGCUCAUCUACCAUCCCCUCCAAUACGAGGACGGCCCAUUGAACGAGAAGGCCCUGCUGCCGCAAUUCGCCAUGAAGCAGCUGCGCUUCCAGACCCGGGACGGCGCCCAGGCGGCCGUGUUGCUGCAGGCGCCUGGCGCCGCGCCGCGCCGCGUGUACGCCGUGUUCGGCGGGAACGCCAUGGUCGCGAGGGACUGGCUGCGCAUCUUGACCCGCAUGUCUUGGCAGCGGGACGUGGCCUUCCUGCUCGUCGACUACCCAGGG